AUGAGGAAGGCAAAAAAUAAUAAAAAACUUAAAGAAGAAAAGGGAAAACGUAAUUUACAUGAUUUAGGUUGGUGUUCGUCAAGUAGGAACUUGAUUCAAAAUGAUAUAAAUGAGCAACGAUGUGAUAUUGAUGACCCCGAGGUAUUAGAAAAUGAAAAAUCACUAAAUAUCCAUGUAGGAGAUCCCAAAAAUGGUCAAAUCGAUGAUACAGUUGUUCUUUAUCCAAAAGAAAAUACUGAAAACGUUAUUAACAAACAAAAUAAUGAGGUAGUUGAAUGUGUACAAAUUAACGAAAAUGAAAGUGUAAAGGAAAUUGAUAAAAAUGUUAUUGACAAUAAUAUAUUUUGUUCCAAAGGCAUUAUUGAAGCCAAUUCCAACAAACAAUCUGCCGAAAUGUUUAAAAUAAGUAACGAUCCAGCAACUUGGAAAAAACUUAGUUCGUCAGAUCGCGACUAUUUAGCUGCAGUUGGUCCACCUACUAAGCCUUCAAAGUUUCCCCAUGAUGAACAUGAGAAUCCCAUUUCACUUUUCCAAAAAAUCUUACCAAAUAAAGAAACAGUACAACGCGACUGGCUUGUAUGGAGUACACUAAAAAAAAGCUUUGUUUUGCUUUCCGUGUUGUCUUUUUUUAAGGGAUGA